AUCAAAUGUGUUGUUGAUCGGGUUCUGAUCAAAAUUCUAGAUGCUCUAGUGUCGAUUGGAUUACACUGCAGGUGUGACAAAGGAAAGAUGGACGGUACGAGAUUGUGAGGGUGCACCCAAUGCCACUGCUCUCAGAAGUACCUGAUUCUUAGCGGUACGCGACAAGGAGUACAGGACACGAUAAGGCUUUCUAACUUCGAAAUAAAAUUCGACCGUUGCGUUUCACUUCUCAGAAACCCUCGUCGGCUCUGCGUCUGCGAUCUCAAGCGAAACUAUUCGACUUUCUCUACGUCCCUUCACUCUCUCUUUGCUUUUCUUUCCAUCUCCACUGUUGGGACACGAGCGCGGAUCGAGAUCGGGAAAUGGCGGGGAAGGACCCGAUUCAGAAGGAACCGAACCCAGUCGGGACGGUUACCGCCGGUCAGAACUUGGAGUCUCUGUUCAGCCCAAGGUUCAAGUCAGCGGCGGCCUUGGCUGGGUGGGACGAAGAGUCCAUUUUACUUGCUAGCCUUAUUGUUGAAGACACGCCCGAUCGGGAUUUCAAGCAGAGGAAAAGAUCCGACCCCCUUUUCAAGACUCCGCCUUCCAACAGUUCCAGGAGGAAGCGUAGGGUUCAGAGGAGGAGUCCGUUGCCUGCGACUGUUCUCAAUCUUGAUGAAGAAGAACCCUCGAAAAAAGAAGUGAAUGAUAACAAGAAGAGUGAGUCACAAGCGGUGGUGAAGGAAGAAGAGAAGAAGAAAUCCGAGAAGAAGGAUGGAGAAGGGAAUAAAGAAAAUUCAGAGGCUUCAUGCUCAAAUUCUCUUCUUCCUUGCUUGGAUAAGCUUAGAGAUGAACUUUCCUGUGCAAUUUGCUUAGAGAUAUGCUAUGAACCUAGUACCACAUCUUGUGGGCACAGUUUCUGUAAGAAGUGUUUGCGAUCUGCUGCUGAUAAAUGUGGGAAGAAAUGCCCAAAGUGUAGACAGCAAAUGAGCAAUGGGAGAUCUUGCACAGUGAACACAGUUCUAUGGAACACAAUCCAGCUUCUAUUCCCACAAGAUGUGGAAGCAAGGAAGGCAGCUGGGGCAUUGAACAGCCGAGAAGCCACUGAUCGCGAAAUCCCUCAAGAAAGACCAGUUGUCAACAAUGAGACGAGAAGGCCUAGUAGAGGUGUCAAUCCUAGCAGACAAGGAAGGCCAUUGGGUCAUAACCAGAUUCAGAAUUCUGGAACCUCUCAAAGAUUGCAAAGAGGAGAGUUAAUGUGGUUAUCAAGCCGGGAUGUUGAUAAUGAUGGAGUUGGGAGGCGAGGAAGAAGGGGAGGGCAAAAUGAAGAAGAGGAAUCAGCAUUGGCUAGAAGGGUUGAAAGAGGAGAAGAGCUUGCAAGGUUGUUGAGAAGAGAGGCAGAAAGUAGAGGGAGAAGAACAAUAACAAGAGGAGCUACUGCUGUUGUGCCAAGCCAAGAUGGAGAUGCUGCUUUAGCAUUAAGGCUUCAGAGGCAAGAGCUCAUGGAGGCAUUUAGGGAACCUGAUGAAGGAAGACAAGGAGGAAGAAGUGGUCUGCAAUCUGCUAGAGCAAACUUGAGAGCAAUGGCGUCUAGAGCUGUCAGCGUUCGAUCCAGGGGAGGGCAGUACCUGUAAAAGACUUGUAAGUGGAAGGUAGAAUAGAGUUUUUCCUUAGGAGGGAUAUAAUGGUUUGUUUGAAGAGUAUCUUUCUCAUGAUUUUUCUUUUAUUUUUAUAUAACCUGUUAUCUUUCUCAUGAUUUCUAACGAGAUUGAACUUUGUACCACAUACUUCGAUUGAAUGAGGGGUACGUAGCCUGAUCAAGCAUUUAUGUUUGUAACUCCAAACAUUUGUUUGUUAAUUUGAUAAACAUGGAAGGCAUGAUGCAGUUGAAAGGAGUGAGUCCAUGCAAAGAAUGAUUGAACUAGUCC